UGGAAUGCAGACAGGCCUGGUGCAGGGCAAACCGGGAGUUAAGCCUUCGAUUUAAAGCUUUAAACUGCCAGUUCAAUGUCUUCAUGUGUUACAAAGGACUUUUUUUUAGAUCACUGCAGAUUCAAGCCGGUGAUUUCAAGUGUGAUUCUCGGCUUGAGCGCUGUUUGUCAAACGGAUUUGCUCCGUGCCAGUCCCACAUCGGACGUCCAUGUCUCCUGCGCUGGCCAGGUCGGCUCCCAGCGAGCUCAACCACUGGUGGAGUCAGCUGAAAUUUCGCCUUCGGAACAAGAAAGGAUGGAACGAGAUGCUGGAUGAGACCUUUCUGGAGCACACCAAGUCCUCUAACGACAUUCCUCUAUUCUACGCUGCAAUGAGGAACAGCGCGGGCUGCAUCAAGAAGCUGCUCGGCUGCUCUUCCACCGACAUCUUUGAAAGAGGCGCUCUGGGGGAGACGGCGCUCCACGUGGCCGCCAUGAACGACAACCUGGACGCCGCUGUGGCCCUGACGGACGGCGCCCCCGAGCUCAUCAACGAGCCCAUGACCUCGGACCUCUUCCAAGGUGUUACGCCUCUCCACAUUGCUGUGGUGAAUCAGAACUACAACCUGGUCCAUCAUCUGGUUAGUCGCGGGGCGGAUGUGGCCACGCCCAGAGUCACGGGCCUGUACUUCAGGAAGAGGAUCGGAGGACUUAUAUACUAUGGUGAGCACAUUCUUUCUUUUGCUGCAUGUGCCGGCAACGAGGACAUCAUCUCCAUGAUCGUCGACGCAGGGGCCAGCACCAGGGUCCAAGAUUAUCGUGGUAACACAGUGCUUCACAUUUUAGUCCUGCAACCCAACAAGACAAUUGCAUGUCAGGCUAUUGACCUAAUAAUGGCCCGCGAUGCAGAGCUGGACCAGUCGGUUCCGCUUGACAUGGUGCCCAACUCCCGAGGCCUCACGCCUUUUAAACUGGCCGCCAAAGAGGGAAACACAGUGGCCUUUCAGCACCUGGUGAGCAAAAGGCGUUUAGUCCAGUGGAGUCUGGGACCUUUGACCUCUCACCUCUAUGACCUCAGCGAGAUCGACUCGUGGGCCGACAACAUGUCAGUGCUGGAGCUCAUCGUGGCUAGCCCGCAAAAAGAGGCCAGAAGAAUACUUGAGGUGACCCCGGUGAGGCAGCUGGUCAGCCUCAAGUGGAACCUGUACGGAAAACAUUACUUCAGGCUCCUGAUGGUUUUCUACCUGCUGUACAUUGGAAUGUUCACAUUAUGUUGUACAUAUCGCCCCUUAAAGGACGCCCCGGAGAAUUACACGUCGUCAGAUAUGGACAAAACCAUCAGAGUUCAGAAGACACUCCACGAGAGUUAUGUGACAUACGAGGACAACCUGCGUCUGGUAGGAGAAAUCAUCAGUGUCCUGGGAGCUUUAGUCAUCCUGCUGUUAGAGAUCCCUGAUAUCCUCAGAGUGGGAGCGAAACGUUACUUUGGUCAGACAGCGCUGGGCGGCCCCUUCCACGUAAUCCUUGUCAGCUACGCAUGCCUGGUGGUUCUGUUGUGUGUGUUCAGAGCGUGCAGUGUGCAGGGCGAGGCCGAGGUCAUGGCUGUCUGUUUGGUGCUGGGCUGGACGAACGUCAUGUUCUUCGCCCGUGGUUUUGAAAUGCUCGGCCCGUACGUCAUUAUGAUCCAGAAGAUUAUAUUUGGAGACCUGACAAAAUUUAUGUGGCUGAGUGUCAUUGUGCUUCUUGGUUUUUCAACUUCCCUGUGGAUGGUGUACAUGACUCAGGACCCAGAUUCUAUCCCGGCCUAUCGCUCUUUCCCCAUCACGCUCUUCUCCCAGUUUGAGCUCAGCGUGGGCCUCAUUGACCUGCCGGUGGACCACACCUUCACCACGCCCCCUAUCGUCCACGUGCUGCACUGCGCCUUCUCCGUGGUGUCCUACAUCCUUCUGCUCAACCUGCUGAUCGCCAUGAUGAGCGACACCCACUGGCGGGUGGCCCAGGAGAGAGACGAGCUCUGGAGGACGCAGGUAGUGGCCACAACACUUAUGCUGGAGAGGAGGCUGCCCCGCUGCCUUUGGCCUCGACUCGGAGUGUGCGGACUCAGCUACGGCCUGACGGAGCGCUGGUACCUCCGAGUCGAGGACAGGAACGACCCCAUGAUGCAGAAGAUGCGCCGAUACGUUAAAAUGUUCACCAGGGAAGACGAAAAGGAGGAAAAGGAAGGAUCGGAGAAGGCCAACGUGAACCCAAAGGUCAGACCGAGAAAUAGGAGCUCCAUGGCAGGAUGGAAGAUGAUUCGUGAAAGUGCUUUGGGUGCCGACGUGGAGGUGGAAGAGCCCGGGAAUGAGCAAGACAUUCAAUUUGUCUAGACAAAGCCAAUGAAAUGAAUGACUUCACAUUCUAUCCUUUUAGUCUUUAUAGUGAAAUGGUGCAAUUUUUCUUGCAGUAUUACAUGGUAGAAAAUAGUGUCUUAUUUUUAUUGCAACAUCUCAACAUGUAGCAGAAAUAUAUGCUGAGAGAAUUAAGUGCUGGCCAAACAUAUUUAUGUGACAAUAACACUUUAUUGAAGCAUAAUUCAAGGCUUUUGGUUCCACAUAAUAAUACUUAUCUACCACAUUAGACUAAGGCAACUGCAAUUGUAUUUAAAAUUGCUGAAUGGCAUAGAUAGAUCAACAAAGAUACACUAUUUGUGUGUAGUUUUUUUGUGGCUUGUUAUUUAAAGUGGAUUAAAAAUAAAUCCCCAAAAUCUAUUUAUUGGUGGAGUGUGCAGACGGGGGUAAAAAAUGAGCUAUGAGCUGAGCUAUUAUUAUCUUAUUAGCACAUGCACACACAUACUCUACACAGUGCUUAACAAAUGUAUUAGACCAGCACCCAAUGUAAGGUUUAUGCCACAUGAACAGCAUUGCUAAUGUACAAGCUCUUUAACCAAAAUGAUAUUUUUAAUGCUCCAAUGUCGUUGUCAUUGUCGUCCACUAAUUUUCAAAUUGACUGUUUCACAAUUUUAAAAAAAUCUGCAAAAAUUAUAAAGUGUGUGAUUAUAUAUUGA